UGUUUUUUUUUUCAAUCUUAUCAUCUACUGAUCUUAUCGUCCCAAUUUUGAUAGUAAGGAGGACAAGACAGGGUGAACAUGGCUGUUUUUGUUGGUGCCAAGGUUUUAUGUCCGAUAGUCUGUCCGGUUUCAUUUCAUUUUUCCAAGACUUGCUGGUGAUUGUUACAGUUCUGGCUUGCUAUGGCUUACUGAGGGCAGUUAAGAGUCAUGCACAUUGGUGUGAAUCUUAAGUCACACGUAGGCUAAAUUAGAUAAGGAUGACCAUUUCCUUAGUGAACCAGAUGCGUUUUCUGACGAUGGUUUCAUGGUCAUCUUUAGACUCUUAGUUCUAGAUUUUUAAAUUGCAUUCAAAUACCACCAUCUGCCAUGUCAACAUUUAAAUCUGGGUCCCUAGAAUAGUAACUACUAGAGCGCUGGAUGAAAAGCCUAGCACUAAAACGGAAGCAAUGGCCUAGUGGUAUUAAGGGAAUUUAUCAUCCAGGAAUUGCAUCCUGAGGUGUGGGGCAUUUGUGGAUUGAGUAAGUAAGGAGUUCAUUACCUAAACUUUCAUUUAAUGGGCUGCACAGACAAAAAAAGCUAGAAUCGUUUUUAAAUUGUUCAACAGUUGAAAACAUUUUCGGUAGUUACGUGGAAUAAGUACCCUCCUCAACAUCUAUUUGAGACAUGCCUAUUAGCUGCGACAGCACAUUUGCUUUAAUAAGUCAAGUGUGGACACUUUGCAAUUAUUGGAAAGAAUCUGACUCAAAACUGAUCCUGGUUGAAAGAUACUCAUUAGAUAACAUUAGGAUGCAAUAAAUGUUGUGUUCCUGGUUCUGUAGAGUCCAUCCAUAGAUUUGUUGUGGCAUGUUUUAGUUUACUGUUUUGAUAGUCAAAUUAUACUGAAGAAAUUAAAUGGUCUCUGCUGCUUUUGGUAUAUCUGCAGGGAUUUAACUGAAUCUGCUUUAGUUUUCUCUCAACUUCACUGCAAGAAGUUAUGUUCAUUGGCAUAACCAAAACUAUUACAGCAGAGCACAAUUCAGGAAAAGAUACAUUGCAAAUUAUAGUUUUGAAAAACUCUAUAUUCUCGCACUUUAAGAAUAAGCACAUCGUCAGUUGUUAACUAUAUCUUUCGAUUAGGCUGACAUAUUAAUUCUCUGGUUUACUUAUUUCCAGGUAAUGUUGUAAUCAGGUUACUAAGAGCAGAGUUAUCCCAUCUGUCCUGGUCAAUAAUUAUCAUUUAAUUAAUAAUAACACUAGACUGUCUAAUUGUCACUUGUUUUGUGGAAAAUCGUUGUUGGCAAUUUGCCUGUUGCAUUUCCUGCAUUAUAACAGUAACCAACAUUCAGAAGUACUUCAUUGGGCUGUAAAGCACUUGUGUGUCCAAGGAUGUGAAGGAUACGUUUAUACAGCAAGUAUUUUUAUACUCUAUAAACAAGAAUCAGAUGAGUGUUUAUGGUUGCCCCCCCGCUCCAUUUCUCUUUAAGAAUGUCACCCAAAACUAUGGAACCAUUAGCAAGACGACUCUUUAGAGGAGUUUUAAUCGCAGAGGUUGCAGGAGUGAUUGGAGCAUACUGGCUGUUUCAAAGGAUGAAUACCAGUCAAGAGUUCAGACAUUCAGUAAAAAGAAGGUUUCCAUCCAUUUUGGAAGUUUAUUAUAAAUCCAAUGAGUGGGCAGGAAUCUAUGGAAUCCGAGAACAGGAUCAGGAAAUGUGGUCCAAAAAUAACCAGUAAAUAUGUAAGUACAAGUCUUUAAUAUGUAAAGGUUGAUUUGCCAGGGAGGUUAGGAACAGUGUUUUACAAAUACUUUUCUAAGCUUUGUUCAUCUCUUGUUUAAAAAUCUUUUGUGUUUAUUUUGUAGUUUCUUGGCCUUGAAGUUGUUCUUCUGCUUGCGUAGCGUCCGUGCGUCUUUGCCUCUGAUCCAAGCAUCACGAUCGGAUUCCCACUGUAGCUGUUUCAUACCUAGGGAAAUAACAUGUUGACAUUCUUCAGUGAGCCACCAUAUAAUUUCCAAGUGGAAAAUCUUCAAUAGAUAAACUUAUGAGGCUGGUAUCUAGCCAAUGGGAGGUUAUAGCUUGACUAUUCAAAUGAAACAUGGAAUUAGAUUUUCACAUGUAAAUAACAUUUUUGUAACAUUAUACUGAAGGCUUAUAAAAUUGAGAAUAUAACUUUUUGGCUUUAAGCAUACUAAAAAUCCCAAAUCACUAUGUACUCAGUGUAUAAGUGAAAAAAAAUUAAGCCUAUUAUCUUUAUAUCGACACCAGUUACUUACUUGCUUUAUCGUUGUUUGCCAUUGCAUUUAUACCAAUGUUGUCAAACUUUGAUCCUGCGUUUUCAUCCAGCAGAUAACCAAACUGUUUAAACAAAAAUACCUAAAUUUAGUUUUUGUCAAAGCAUUACAAAAAAAUUACAUAUCAUAAAAUAA